UCUUCCAUCACCGACCACGCUCUCAGAGAAAAUAGAUUUCCAGAGAGAUAAGGCCGAGUGUAGUUUUUUGCAUUGUGGCGACGGAUAACGCCGAAGAAGGAGGAGAGACGCGCAGCGGCCGUCUCGGAGUGCUUCUGUCAUCGUUUUGGGCCAGUCUUGGAGGGGUUUUCGCCGUCCGUGAAGAAGAAAUCGAAAUCGAAAGCGAAGAAGAAGAAGAAUUAGAUUUGGAGAUGGCUUCAAGAAUUGUUGCUCCUGAGCAACGCAUAGUUGGAGGAGGGAAGCAGAAGAAUCCUCAGCCAGAAGCGAGGAAUCGGAGGGUCUUGAGAGACAUCGGAAACUUGGUUCCGGCGCCUCUAGCCGAAGGCAAGCCACAUAAUCAGAUCACCCGUCCUAUAACUAGGAGAUUCGGUGCUCAGCUCUUGGAAAAUGGCCAAGCCCAAGCCUGCAAGAAACAGCAGCCAGAAAAUGCCAAUGUUUUAGUGGGAAAAGAUGGUGCUGCAAAAGCUAAUAAAGCAGCCGUAAAUCGGAAGGAAGGUGUUGCUGUUGUUAAGCCAAAGAAUGAUGCUGUGCUAGCCAUAGAUCCUGACUGCAAAAAUGGUGCUAAACUGAGGGAGGCACCCCCGAAGAAGUCUGCUAAAAGUCUCACUGCAAUCCUUACUGCUCGAAGCAAGGCUGCUUCUGGACUGACAACAAGGCCAAAACAUCUGAUAGACAUCGAUGCAGUUGAUGCGGAUAACGAAUUGGCAGCAGUGGAGUAUGUAGAAGACAUGUACAGUUUCUAUAAGGAAACAGAGGAAGAUGGGAGAGUUCAUGAUUACAUCGAUUCACAGCCAGAGGUGAACUCUAAAAUGAGAGGCAUUCUGGUUGACUGGUUGAUUGAAGUUCACAGGAAGUUUGAACUGGUGCCUGAGAGCCUCUACCUCACUAUCAACAUAGUGGACCGGUUUCUUGCAGUGAAGGCCGUCCCGAGAAGGGAACUUCAGUUGGCUGGCAUAAGCGCGAUGCUGAUUGCUUGCAAGUACGAGGAGAUAUGGGCUCCGGAGGUGAGCGACUUCAUAGCCAUAUCGGAUAAUGCUUAUGUGAGGGAGCAAGUGCUGAUCAUGGAGAAGGUCAUUCUUGGGAAGCUCGGGUGGUACCUGACUGUUCCAACUCCGUACGUGUUUCUUGUUCGAUACAUCAAAGCAUCCGUCCCUGCUGAUAAGGAGGUGGAGAACAUGACAUUCUUCUAUGCUGAGCUUGGUUUGAUGAGUUACACGACAAUCAUAGAGCACAGCUCUUCGAAGAUUGCAGCCUCUGCUGUAUAUGCUGCACGCUGUGCGCUUAACAGGAGCCCUUGGUGGACUGAGACGCUGGAGCAUCACACUGGCUACUCUGAGGAUCAGUUGAUGGCGUGCGCGAAGAUGCUAGUGAGUUUCCAUUUCGGAGCAGCGGGGAACAAGCUCAAGGCUGUGUAUAAAAAAUACCUAAAUCCAGAAAGAGGAGCUGUGGCUCUCAUUCCUCCAUCAUCUGCUCUCAUCUGCUGCUUUUAGUAAAUAGAGGCGUUUACUAUAUAAUUCAAUGUUUGAAGUCAAUUUUAGAGAUCAUUUGACUAGCAUGAUCUCUCCCUACCUACUCAAUCUACUGAUGAACUAAUUCAAUUUUAGUACUUUUUUUUUA